AUCUGUUUUUCUGUCUCUCACUUUCUGUAGCACUUAGCUGUUGGAUCAACAUCUUGAGAACUUUGGAAGACUUACCUGUACAAAAUCCACAAUGAGCUCCAUGUCCACUUAUUCCUUUGGCUAUAGAACCUCACCUGUGGCUUUAUCUGGUAGGCCUCCCAGUGUAUAUGGUGGGGCAGGGGGUAAUAAUGUCCUCAUCUCCAACUUUGGGGGAACGAAAACUGGCUUUGACCUUGCUGAUGCGCUUGGAGGGGGCUUUCCUGAAGUUGGACUUGCAAUCAAUGAAAAAGGCACCAUGCAGAACCUGAAUAAGCGAUUAGCAAGCUACCUUGAGAAAGUGCGGUCCCUAGAAAGCGCAAAUAAUCAACUGGAGCAGCAAAUCCGUGAAUGGUAUGAAAAGAAAGUUCCGUUGUCCAGAGACUACAGCCAACAUGAGAAAACCAUUACUGAGCUUCGCAAGAAGAUUAGAAAUGCUAUUCUGGAGAAUGGCAGAAUCAUUCUGGAAAUAGACAAUGGAAAGCUGGCUGCUGACGACUUCAGAAUCAAGAUGGAGACUGAGCUCGAUAUGAGACAAUCGGUGGAGGCAGACAUUAUCAGACUCAGAAAGGCUUUAGAUGAUAUAACAGUAACCAGGUCAGAUUUGGAGAUGAAGAUAGAGCGGAUGAAGGAGGAGUUAAUCUUGAUGAAGAAAGACCAUGGGGAAAAUAUGGCUAGGCUGAGGGCUGAAAUUAAUAGCGGCGCAGUAAAUGUGGAACUGGAUGCAGCACCUCAGCCAGACCUGUCGGAAGUCAUGGUGAAGAUCAGAGAGCAGUACGAGGCCAUAAUCCUCAAGAACCGCCAAGAUAUGGAGACAUGGUACAAAGGCAAAUAUGAAGAGUUGAAUAAGCAGGUUUCCCAGCACACAGAGCUUAUACAGACAUCCCGCUCCGAGGCUAGUGAGCUAAAGAGGACCCUAGAGACACUGGAAAUUGAGCUGCAAUCCGAGCAUAGCCGGAAAAUGCUACUGGAGAGCACAUUAGGCGAAACAGAGUCACGCUACUGUCAGCAGCUCGGCAAAUUGCAGACAGAGGUCCACAAGCUAGAAGAAGAACUAGCAAGAAUGCGUAUGAAGAUUGAGCAUCAAGAUGCCGAGUUCAAGAGCCUUCUAAACAUCAAGACUCGCCUGGAGAUGGAAAUUGCGGAGUAUAGGAGACUGUUGGAAGGAGGGGAUAUUCAAUACAAAGCAGCUGAAGUUGAGAAACCGGAGUCAAUAAGGACCAAGAAAAUAAUAACGGUGGUUGAGGAGGUGGUGGACGGAAAAGUGAUCUCCCACACCGAGGACGUGGACGUUCAGGUUGUGACCAACCAGUGGAGUGACAUGGUGGUGCAGUGGUUAGCACUGUUCCCUCACACGGCUGGGACGUGCGUUCAAGUAUAUCAGCGAAAGCAAGAUGAGCUCCUCGCAGGACUUAACGGCAUUGAACCCACUGCAGAUGACAUCCUGGUCAUGGGCUGUGGAGAUACAGACGAGGAGGCUGAGAGUGACCAUGAUGUCGAGCUCUUGGCACUGAUGGAGUGCUGCCGUGUGGGAAAGCUACGGCUGGGCUUGAAGAACCUACAGUUUAAGGCAGUGCAGGCUCUGCAGGACCAAGCUGGCCGGUACAAUGUUGUGCUAAUGUCAACAACAGAAGAGGAUGGCAGAAAGAUGGAGAGUUCCCAGCUCCUCAGUCGGAUCAGGAAGCAAUAUGGGCAUCUCCCUGCCAGCAAUCACUCUGGUCCCAGUAUGGUCAACCCAGCAAAUGAGCCAGAAAGACUCCAUACACAGUUGCAGGACGAAACACCACAAGCUCAGGUGAGACGAGAUCAGGAGGCCCUGCGGGAGGCUCGGGCUGAACUCACUCAGGCCAGGAGACAAUGGAAUAGCCUGCAGGUGGAGAUUGAGUCAUUGCAUGCACUGCAGGAGGGUCUAGAAAGAUCUCUGCAAGACACACAAGAGCAGUACAAAUCUCAGCUGCAGGACUUGAGCACAGUGAUCCAGGGUCUGGAAGCCGAACUUGACCAAGUGCGGAGCAGCAUUGAAAGCCAGCGUCAGCUCCAUUACCAGCUCCUGAACACCAGGGUGCGACUAGAGCAUGAGAUUACCACCUAUAGGCAGCUUCUCGAGUGUGAGGAGAGACGGACUCAUGGAUGCAAUGACCAAGCCAAGAAUUUAAACCCAGAACCAAGACACAAGGAGGUACACACCUCAAAGAACAAUGUGAGAAGAACUCCUGGAGUGCUACAGAAACAGAAGAGUCUAAUCAUCUUUACAGAGAACACUGAAAGGAAAAUGGCUACGGUGAAGACACAAGAAAUAUUGCAUGGCAAUGUUGUACGGGAGAGUGCUGAGGCACAUGGCACUGUGGAGACAAAGAAGAUAGAUGUUGUCAUAAAGCAGUGGGAGGGGUCCUUCUUCCAAGGGAACCCAAAACUGCGCAAAAAAUCAGUCUCACUUCGCUUUGACCUGCAUAUGGCGGCAGCUGACGAAGGCUGUGGUCAGACGCAGCUUGACGAGCUGCCUGAUGUGGAAGUGCGACUAGUGAUGAAGAGAUCCCGCAGCAUCCCAUCCAUCACACCGUGACAAGAGAGCCUGAUGAUGUGCUGUGCCAAAGAUGAGCAUCACACUGAAAUCACACAUAAACAGUAUUUAAUUCUCACACCUUCAACCCAAUCAGGGAGUAUAAUAUGGUUUUAAUGCAAGUUCACAACCAUUCAUUUUUGUGACGCUUAUUCACUUGUAAGCCUAAGACUAACCCUUUUUUUAUUUCUCAGUUACUAUGACAAUGUUACUGUGCUCAGAAAACUCCCUUGAUGUAAGAAAGAAUCUUAAAAUUCUGUACAUUACAUAAAGACACCAUAUGAGAAAUAACAAAGGGUGUGACUUAUAUUCUAAUCCUUUAUGGUUUUAUUUACUGCAAGCUGUUGAAUAAAAGGGUUGAUGUGGACAGACCAGUGAAAGGCAUUUAGUUGAUUUGUGAUCUGCACAUAUAAUUCAUGCAAUGUGCGCUGUACAAUGGAAAUUUAUAUACUUAUUGUAAUUUACAUAUUUAUUCUAAUGCCAGUCAUGGUGUAGUUAAUGAUUUCUGUAUUGCAAUUUGACCUGACACAAGAAUGAUUAAUUUCUAACUAGGGAUACAGUCUUUAUAUAUUAUGAGUCCUAUAUAAAUAUUGUUAUUUAAAAUGAGUAAUGGUAAGUAAAAUGAUCCUUUUCUCUGACACCAAAGAUGAAAAAAAACAUUGAGAGUGAUGACAUAAAAGCUAAUAUCCAUUUAAUUUGGGUUCCUGUAAUGUUUAAGUCUCUUCGGAAAAUGUUAUUCUCUAUGCAUUUCUUAAUAUGCUAGGAUUGUGCUUGUUAGUAGAGUAUUUGAACUUGAACAUUUAGUGAUUAAAAAGGAAAGGCAAAAGCCCUGCUUUUAAUCCAAAGAAAAAAAUGUUUCAAUAAAAAGAAAUGAAAAAAAAAUGUGUUUGCUAAUACUAUUUUUAAUAUUUGAAAUUGAUAAAUUCCAGAGUGAUUGAAUACUUGUAGCCUUACACUUCCAGGGUUGUGAGAACGAUUCCUGUCCUGGUUUCAGUGUGUGGAGUUUUCCUUUGUUUAUUUCGAUCUCUUACUUAAGAGUGUACAUUUAGGAGAUCUGGUACCUCUUAAUGAUGUAAUUUCAAGAAGUUAGUGUUCUUUGACACUGUGCAAGGUUGUGGAUUGGAAUCCUGCACCCUGCAGGGUGAUCACAUCCCCACUUGGCCCUAGAGCAUAAGCUUUUGAGAGGCUGGCUGAUUCUGUUCUCUGACCCCAACUUUCAUCACUUGUAUGUCACUUAGGACUCGUCAUGAGACAGAAAUGGCUGGCACUGACUCAUGAAUGUGAAUUUUUUUUAAUACAGUGGAAUCCACUUAUACUGUAGUGAUCGCAUCUGUCUGGGUGAAGUUGAUCAGUAUAAGCAGAUGAUCAUUAUAACUUUUUUCCUUUUUCUUUACGUCUCAGGCAGAGUACCAUCUAAUUGACAUUCGUGUAUUUAUUACAUGAAUAUAAGGUAAUAGAACGGACUGUGUCACUAUUUUAUUCACUCUUUAAAAAUAGUAAAAACAGUACAGCUGUUUCAAAAGCUUUUCAAAUGUAUAAACUAAAUUACUGAACUAUGUAUAAUUCAAGUAUGCUGUAAUACUGUAGCGCUGGCGGCAUCUGCACGUCUCGGCAUGCCUCGUGAACGCGUGUAUAUAGUCAUGUAUAUGUCUUAUAUAUAGCCCGUUUUUAUUUUUAGUGUAGGUACCUGUACUACUUGUGCUGUGUAUUCGGUUGUCGCGUGUGCCUUUAACUUUGGUUGUACUCAAUUCUUGCCUGAUCCUAACGUGUCUUAACCAUCGUGAAAUUGCCCGUCGUGUGUGUGCCUUACCGUCCUUAGUAUAACUUCCCGUGUUUCCCUAACAUUCAUGGUUUUCGUGUUAUUGUUGCUUGUUGUGUGGUCCCUUUAAGGAGGAACAUAAAGAACUUCUUUGUGUCA